UCGCUGCCGUUAGCUUGUCGCCUUUCCAAACAACUGGAGCAGAAAUUUCUACGGAAAUAAUUUUUCUGGACUCUUGACAUCAGGAUGGGAGUGUUUGACAACUGCUCGUUUCUUCUGGAGCUCAAAAACUUGCCUUUCAAGGAGAAGAAGAAGCUGAAAUCAAUAGUGACGUUGAAUGGAGGCAGCAUUUCUUUCAUCAUCAACAAACAGUGCUCUCUGGUGGUGACCUCCAACUUGUCCAACCUGAGCUCCAGCAGGCUGCGCAGCAUCCAGAAGAACCAGACACCGGUGGUCGGCUUGGAUUAUCUGCAUAAAUGUGUGGAGAGAGGCAUUCUUCUGUCUGUGGACGAGUACAAGAUGGACACUUCACCAUCUCCAGAUCCUCCUCCUCCCUGGAAGUCACCGCAGAGAGCUCCACUAACUUACAAAGCCGAGCUUCCAAAAGGUCCGACCUCAUCAGAGGAACCAGCUGUUAAAAGCAACAAACAGAAGUUCAGAAUCUACAAAGAGUCUGACUCUGCUCACCCAGCGUUCCCCGAUGAUUUCCAGGUGGCGAAGUACUCCAUUUUCGGACAGGAGAACGGCGGCAGGUUUUGCGUGUUGGAGCUGCAGAGUGCAAAAGACGAGCAGGGACGGCGCUAUCGUGUGGCCAGAUACCGGAAGGACAACGUGCUGUCAAAGAAGGCAGCUGUGAUGGAUCAGCUGGUGUUCCUGUCCACCUCAGAAGAAGCUUUGGACGUUUACAAGGCGCUGAGUGAGGAACUGGAGCGCUCUGAGCUGCAGAGGAUGAGCAGCUUUCCUGCUGAAGCGCCACACCUGGGCUCUGCCCCCCUGGAGCAGCUGCUAUUGGAGGAGAAACUGAACUCCGGUGAGUUGUCCCCUGACGUGGCGGCGUUUGUGGAGCUUCUGUGGACCGAAGCUCACGGUUGCCUUGAAAACAUCAUCAGUGUCCCCAUCUCCAGACUCAGCCUGAACGAUGUGAGCAGAGCUGAAGGCCUUCUGCUUCAGGCUCAGAGGAAACUGAAGGAGGGAAAUGAGGAUGAGGUGUCGUCCCUCCUGGACGAGGUUUUCACCCUGUUGCCUCACAGGGAGCCCAGACCUCAGACACCUACAGCCAGGUUUCUGUCUCAGAAGCUGGAUCUCUGUCAGUUAAUCCGGGAUGUUCUGAAUAUGACCGAGAUGACCAUGAACGACCCAAAGCCGUCCUCCGUGGGGAAGUACCGCGCUCUUCGCUGCCACAUCGAAGCCAUUCCCCGCAGCAGCUCAGUGUUUCAGAACAUCGCCGCCCUGCUGACUGACAGGUCGGUGCAGAUCCAGCAGAUCAUGCGUGUCAACAGAGCAGUGGAGCUUCAAACGUUUCGGAGCGAGAUUGGGAACGUUAAGCCCCUCCUCCAUUCAUCCAGCCCCAGCAACUUUGUAGGAAUCAUGUCCAGAGGUCUGCUGCUGCCCCACGUGGGAAUGGAGCAUCAUGGGAUUACGAGAACGGACAUGGGGAACCUUGGCAGUGGGAUUUACUUUGGUGAUGCUUUGAGCACCAGUCUGAAGUACGCCAAACCCAGUGAAACAGACGGAUCGCGCCUCCUGCUGGUGUGCGAUGUGGCUCUGGGGGUUUGUAAAGAUCUCUAUAAGAGAGAUCACACUCUGACCGAGGCUCCUGAAGGCUACCACAGCGUUCAUGGAGUCAGACAAACCAACAAAACUAAAUCUGAUUUUGAGGAUGACGAGUAUGUGGUUUACUCUCUUGACCAAGUGAAGAUGAAGUAUGUAGUUCAGUUCAAAAAGGAAGGAGACGAGCAGAAGAACUUCAAUCCGGACAUCAACCUGACUAGAGAACCCAUUGAGCCUGGCAAGAACCCCGAUCUCCCUUCAGAAUAUGUGGAAGAAGAUCUAGAAAAUGUGAAGAAUCCUCUGGAGGACGUUACAGCUGGACUGUUGGACAGUUCAGGCCAGAAGCUCCCCCUGCAGGCUGUCCAUGUAAAGUGCAAACUGAUGGAUCUUCUGUCCCAGGUCAUCAUCUUCCAAAAAUACACCAAUCAGAGCUCAGUGCCCAUUGAGGCGAAGUACGUCUUCCCACUGGACGACUCGGCUGCCGUGUGCGGAUUUGAAGCUUUCAUCAAUGGGAAACACGUGGUGGGAGAGGUGAAGGAGAAGGAGACGGCUCGUAAGGAGUACAAACAGGCGAUAGCGAAAGGCCACGGAGCGUACCUCAUGGACCAGGACGCCCCUGAUGUGUUCACCAUCAGCGUGGGCAACCUGCCGCCCGGUGCCACUGUCCUCAUUAAGGUGACCUUUGUGUCAGAGCUGGUGGUCAGAGAUGGGAGCAUCCUGUUCUCCCUGCCGGGCAGCGUGGCUCCAUGGCAGGAAAGCACCGCGCUCAACCAGACCACACAGGUCUCUGUGGAGAAGGUUUGUGUGGCCAACGAAGCAGCGAGAGAGUUUACGUUGGACAUGUCGGUGGAGAUGCCCUUUGAAAUCUCUAGCCUGACGUGCAUCAGCCAUGAAGUCAAAAUGAAGAGGACUGACUGUAAGGCAGUGGUCAGUGUUCUGCCAGAUCAGGUCAUGGGGUCAGAUGGGUUCCAGAUGUCUAUCACUCUCUCUGAGGUUCAUCUUCCCAGAAUGUGGGUGGAGAAACACCCCGACAAGGAGAGCCAGGCCUGCAUGCUGGUUUUCUACCCAAAGUUUGAGUUUGACUCCAACUCUGAAGGCAGUGAAGUUGUUCUUUUGCUGGACACAUCUGAGUCCAUGAAGGGGGAGUCGUUCCAGCUGGCCCAGAAAAUUGCCUUGCAGGUUUUAAAGAAUCUGAAGAACGACGUUAAAAUCAACAUCGUUUUGUUUGGAACAGAGCACACAGAAGCUUUUCUGUCGGCUCAGAAACUCGACGAGGUUCAAGCUGAAGCCAAGAAGUUCAUCAAGAGCUGCUCUUCAGUCGGGGGCAGCACUGAGCUGUGGCGGCCUCUCCGGGCGCUCAGCCUGCUGCCGCCGUCCACCGGCGUGCGAAACCUGCUGCUGCUGUCAGACGGCCACAUCCAGAACGCGGCGGCCACGCUGCAGCUGGUCAGAGACAACGUCCAGCACAGUCGCCUCUUCACCUGCGGCUUCAGCUCCACAGCCAAUCGCCACAUGUUGAGAGUCCUGGCUCAGGCAGGGGGCGGAGCUUAUGAGUUUAUCGACUCUAAAGCAAAGCACACCUGGGCUGAGAAGGUGAAGCGCCAGGUGAAGCGCAUGUCGUCUCCCGGCUGCAGCUCCGUCUCUGUGAAGUGGCAGCAGUUCAACCCCAAAGCUCCUCCGGUUCAAGCCCCGAAGCAGCUGAACUCUCUGUUCAACGACUGCCACACGCUGGUUUACGGCUUCGUGCCCCACUGCACUCAGGCGACUCUUCUUGGAGAUUUGCGUGGUCAGGAGCUUCAGACCAUGGUGUCAACAACAGAGCUGCAGAAGACCAGAGGAACAUUUCUUCAUAAGCUCACAGCAAGAGCCCUGAUCAGAGACUACGAGGAUGGAAACCUUCAUAUCACCGAAGCUGAACACGAGGGUAAAAAAGCAGAGUUGAAGUCCUUCAUCAUCGAUCUGAGCAAAGAGUUCUCCAUACUGUCUCAGUUCACCAGCUUCGUGGCCAUUGAAGAGAGGGAUUCUAAGAAGGCAGACGAUGGCGUCACAGACAUCCCAAAGCUGAUCGCAGAGGAGGAUGUGGACUUCUUGCCAUACAUCAGCUGGAGUCUUCCUGAGGACAAAAUGGCGUUACUAGAUAGCUGGUCCUCUUCAGAGAUGUUAUACGACAUCAAUGACCUCGUAAGACCCUUUACACACAAAAAUAGUAUUUGUAUCGUAUGGCUAAGAUGUUUUUAAUUGUUGAGGCUUUCACUUUAUAUCUGAAUAUAUUUGUCACUAAAUAAGAAUUUAGUGACAAAAACAAAUAAGAAAAACCAGUACUCACAGAGUAUCUAUAAAGGUUUCAACAACGACCCCUUACAGCUUUUUUUCUGGGACUUUUACUUCAUCUUUCCCAUUAGUUGGAUGCAUUUCCUCUAAGGUGUCCAAAAAAGGAUGUUUUGGCCCCUACAGAGAUAAGAUUUAAAGCUAGGAGAAAUGUAUUUUAAUGUUUGGCAUUUUUCUUUAGCAGUAAUUUUAGCCAAUAAACUUUAGAAAAUAACAAGUGAUCAAGCGCAGAUCAUGCCAUUCCAAUUUACGUUUUUGGUAUUGGUUUGUUUCUUUUACUGAUGUUUGACAGCUCCGAUGAUGAUGUACUACUCGUUACACGCAAAAAUAGUAUCUGUAUCGUAUCAAAGGACAGUCAAACCAAUGGAGCGUUGAUAUCAAAUGGGAUUGAUGGAUGUUUAAUCAUGACUCCUUCCCUCGCUCCUCCACAGAGAAGAGAGUUCCUUCUCUGUGACUUUUCUCAUAACUGCCCAAAAUCACAGCAGUUACUCUUCAAACCUUACAUAAACAAUCUAAUUUCAGCUGAUUGGACUUUAAUUAUUAAGACGUUUGUCUAUAUAAUGUCAAAUACCAACCAUGACAUCCAGGGAACCUCAGAGUCAGGAUUUUCUUGAGGCACAACUCUGGAAAAGAUACAGAAAUAUUUCUCUCUGCAACAUUUUUCAACAUCUUUGGAUCUUUCUGUUUUAUCUGUUUUUCACAUUGAAGAAUGAUGGAUAAAAAUACUGCAACUUGGUUAUGUUUCUCUCUUACAGUUG